AUGUCGGCACCAAGGCUAGGCCCUGGGGUUGGAGGGGGAUGUGCGCAUCUCCUUUUAAUCAAAACCUGCCGUUCGGCAAGCUUAAGCUCGACCCUUACCGUUAGGCAAGGGUUCAUUGGGAUUUUUGAGAGACCUCCUGCUGUGUCUUCGGCAAGUGGGUGGUUGAUUUCUAGUUCUUUUGGUUUAGAUCCUUGGGCCUUUGGCAGGCUUGACUUGGAGUUGGAGCUAGCCGUGACCCGAGAAUUGUCUGUGCCUCGGCAAGCUUUGGCUGUCUCGACUCAUUCGGCAGGUGGGACUUGGCAUUCUAGUUUCGGCAAGAGGGACCUGGAGUACCUCCUGCUUCGGCAAGGAGACUUGGCUGCUGGGUUUCGUGCAUUCCAGUUUCAGCAAGGGGGCUGUAAAUUCGCAAGGGUCCUUGGCAAAGAAUUUUUUCGAACUGGGCUUUGGAUUUUCUUCCGUUCUCCAGCAUAA